AUGCAUGUUAUACACGAUGAUUUAUUGCCCCUCUAUACAACGUAUGAAGACAUCUGUACAGGAAAUGUUGACAAAUGUGUAUCAAAAUAUCGUAUAGCAUUUGCAGAUGAAGGCGAGCUUGGCCCAUUAAAUGAGUGGUACAGUAUUUUUUCCAUGUCAGAACCAAUGAUUUUACAAAAAUGUGGUAUAAACAACAUAAUUUGUUUUGAGGAGAGUCGAACUGGACUACUGACUGACAGUGUGUGGUUUCAGUAUGGAUUUGGCAUUCCACAAGGACCUGUUGCUGAUACACAACUUAAUGGAAAUCGACUGAGGCGAUUUUCAGAAUUUGUAUUACGCAAAUUCAAAAUACCCACACCACAAAACUUAAACAGUACAGAUGUUGUGUUUUUCAGCAGAAAAGUUAAUCGCAAGAUUCUGAACGAAGGCACUGUGAUAAACAAAAUUGAAGAUAUUUACAAAGACGUUUUCCACAAUAUUUCUAAGUUACAAAUUCUUAACACAGAUCUUACAACUAAUGAUACAAGAGAUAUCCUAUAUCAUCUCUCACGGUCCAAUACAGUUGUGGGUAUGCAUGGUUCUGCCAUGAUUUUGACCAUAUUCUUGAAACCAGGGUCUGUUAUAAUAGAACUGUUUCCUUUUGGAAUUAACCCUCAGCACGUGUCUCCUGUGAAGGUAGUUUGUGACCUACCAGAUGUUGGAUUACUGUAUAGAUCAUGGGCAAACACUAAAGAAGAAAACACAGUGAUACAUCCUGAUGCACCACCACUCCUCGGCGGAAUCAGUCACCUGUCUCCUGCUGAACAGGAGCAGAUAAGAAAUAUCAGUGAAAUUCCAGCUGUUGAAUGUUGCCACAACCCAGCCUAUCUCUACAGAAUGUUCCAGGACACCAUAGUGGGAAAUGACAUUGAUGUUAUAUUGAAAGAUGCAUUUUGUAAACAGCGAGACUUCUCAGAAAAAUCCUUUAAUGAGGAACGUAUGUCUCGGAUAUUGUCACAGUGGUAUUUCCCAGCUCCUGUCGGUAAUGUUUUGUGUAGCUAUGCAGCACAAGACAGAAUUGUCACAGUGACUUGGGUUCCUCCUCCAAAUGUAAAAGAUCCAGAGUACCACAUUGCAGUUGUCACCAACAGUUCACUGCAGUUUUCAGCAAACAGCAAACAACCCAAGAUGGAAUUCGUACUGCCACUUUUAGUUCGUGGUGAUACUACAAUUGAUCUGUGGGUGAAAUGUGUUGAAUGGGGUCAGGCCAGUUUGGACACUUUCACACAAUGUAAAGUGCAUGUCUGA